AUGGAUCUUCCAGCUCUACCAGAACACGAGAAUCGAUGGCCACAAAAUGUCUAUACUGUGGAGGGUAUCAUCAGCAAUAUAUACAAUGCUACAAUUAGAAUACUUCGGUCAAAUGACGCAGAACCAACCAGAGUGGCAUACCACUAUGAUGCACUGUCCACAGAGGCCCUACCUUUGCUCGAAGCCAUUGAAAGUGAUACAAGUCCUGCUGAUUACCAGCUUCUGCAUGACUGGCUACUAGUAUGUGCUAGGCUUAUUGGGGAGGUAGCCGCAAUGCUCAAGGAUAUCAGCGGAAAUCUUCAUGUGGGAAAUGCUGAACGGGCAAAUGUGAUAAUCCCGGAGCUUGUGACUCUGGGCCAUCAGCAAUGUCGACUUGGGCGUCGGAAGAAAAUCAUUAACUUCGAUUUCGUCAUGCCUCCGAAGUCCGGUCCCGAACCUAGGUUUGAACUCGAACCUUUGCGGACUGGACCAUUGGUUCAGUCACAGGUCCGGUAUUUCUGCUGGACCGAACCCCCUAAUAGGUCCGAGGUCCGGUAUUUUCCUGGAGCACGUGAACCAGUCCAGACGCGUCCGGACCGGUUUGAACCUGAUGUAUUUUUAUCCAACUUAGAUUCUCAAACCGGCAACGAAGCCUCAUAUUUUUGCGAUGAGGUCCCAAAGUUGAAGGACAAAUUGUACACUGAUUUCAGGCUUUCGGCACACGAAUGGGGGGAGCUGGACUUGAUGCGUGAAGUCCUUCAGGAACCUGCAGACGCUCAGCAGAGUUUCUCGGCAACUCGUGAACCAACUGUAUGGCGAACUAUUCCGGUGCUCGAAUAUCUUCAAGAGAUGUUGCAAAAUAUGGCCAACUCUUCAAAAUUCAGCCGCCUCUCAACAGCCAUUGAAGCUGGUGUCGCUAAUCUCAGCAAGUGGUAUGGUAAGACCGAUGACACGGACGUCUAUUUUAUUUGUCUUGCGCUUGACCCCAACUACAAGGUCGCAUACGCCAAAGACAAAUGGGCCCCUCAUUUUUUCGAAAUGGGGAUGCACUCCCUCGGGAGAGUGGUGUUACACACUCAAAUAGAUCUGUUAUGCGGAGCCCUAAGAGGGGCGUCGUCCGCUAACGUUCGUGACGUAACCGGAAGGGUCCGGUGUAGCGACUGA